UGACCCUGAGCUUCGGCUGCAGCCUCGCACUCCUCCGCAAUGUUUCCUAGCCCUGUGACAACGACGCCCUUCUCGGUUAAGGACAUUUUGAACCUGGAACAGCAUCAGAGUGGCCUGACCUCCAUGGAGCUCUCCUCGCUGUCCUCCUCCUCCUGCAUGCUGGCCACCUUCAAGCAGGAAACCUACAGUACCGAGCCCCCGGCCCUGCCCGACCUGCGGGAGGAGCUGCCCGAGCCCCAUCCGGCCAAAACCGCCACCACAGCCUUCCCCGGCUCCUACUACGUUAAAAGCUACGUGGAGAUGGACUCGGACAAGGACCCCAAGGUGGACAAGAAAGAACUAUGUUCUCUGCACAAGAGCCUGGAGCAGGAGAAAAGAGACAUGGAAGAUCCCGAGCGCCCCAGACAGAGGAAAAGGAGGAAACCUCGUGUUCUCUUUUCUCAAGCCCAAGUCUACGAACUGGAGAGAAGGUUCAAGCAGCAGAAAUACCUCUCGGCUCCCGAGAGAGACCAUUUAGCUAACGUCCUGAAGCUCACCUCCACCCAGGUGAAAAUUUGGUUCCAGAAUCGAAGGUAUAAAUGCAAAAGGCAGAGACAGGAUCAGACCCUCGAAAUGGUGGGCAUCCCUCCACCCCGGAGAAUAGCGGUGCCGGUGCUGGUGCGCGAUGGGAAACCCUGCCUGGGGGAAUCUUCUCCCUACAGUUCGCCGUACAAUGUCAGCAUUAACCCCUAUAGCUACAAUGCCUACCCCGCGUACACCAACUACAACAGUCCAGCCUGCAACGCCAACUACAACUACCCAUCCAUGCAGACCAUGCAGCCCUCGGCAGCCGGCAACAACUUUAUGAACUUCAGCGUGGGGGACUUGAAUUCCGUGCAGACACCCAUCGCGCAGGGCAACGCGGGCAUCUCCACGUUACACGGGAUCCGAGCCUGGUAG